AUGCUUUCCUGAGUUCUCAUGAGCCAGGGCAGGGGCAGGUGGUGGAACUGGGAGGAGGUAGAGGGAGUCUGAUGACUCCAAUAACAGGAGCAGGAACAUGAUGGGGAGAGGUUCCCAGGCUGAUAUCCCACAAGUUAACCUCUUGGGGACUGCAUGUGGCCCAUGGGGUUCUCAGUUGGACAUCCCUGCUGUAAGCCAAUUAUUUGUUGUGAAUAUAUGGACUGACUUGAACAUUUUUUUUAUUCUUAUCUCUGCAUCACUGAAUAAGCUGGUCAUUCAUGGAUAGCCCAAGAUACAAUAAUUGCUGGAUUUAAACACCUAAGCAACUAUGUUAAUGAACCUCAAAUACUAUAUUGUUCCAAUUAUAAUUCAACCUUGCAUGUGUGAUGACACCAUAUUUUCUGGAUCUGUUUUACAAAGCAGCUUGUUCCCUGAAUAAUAAGAUAUAUCAAGAAUUUGCAGAUUCUUGGUUUCACUUGCAAUGAGUCAACCCAUAAAGUGCCAUAACAUGGAUGACUUUCAGGACCUCUAAACCUGCUCACAGUUAGACUUCACAGAAAGGAAAGAACAGUAACCUUUACAAUUGUGUUAAGUACUCAAGUUACUUGUCAGCCAAGCAGCCAAUCAAGAUAUUUUUUACUAUCCUCAUCAUAUAGUAUCUGAAUGCCUUCAGGAACUGCAUUAGACAAUAGAAAACCAGGAUCCCUGCUUAUCAUCCAGGCUCCGACCUGCAAAGGGCACUGCCACUGGUCGCCCAGGGACAAGCUCGAAGCCCCCAGCCCAGCCCAGCAGCAACGCCCGCCCGCCCUGCUGCUGCUGCUGCGGCUGCAGCGGGGGGGGGACUCGCGCCGGCUCCUGGGCAGCUCCGGGCUGCUGGGACUGCGCUCCGCCCCAGCUGAGGUGCAGCUCCUCCUUCGCCGCGUCACAGGAGCGCCGGGGCCGGGCUGGGCUGCAGGCGGCACACGCUGAGCCUGUGCUGAGGAGCCGGCAGGGGACUGUGCUCGGCUGCUCUGUCUACACUUUUCCACAGUCAUCUACAGUUACGGUGGCCACUGACACAUCCCCAGAAUACAGGACAUCCUGUUGGUGGAGGUAGAGCAGGUUCUAAGCGGAAGUCCAGAACAGCAAUUUUAUUUUCCCAGGGACCACAAGAGGUAACCACCAGUACCACACCACAGCAUGAUUGACUAUUUUUAUAUGUACUUUUAAAGAUGACGCCAAAACAUGAAAAACAAGAAUUUGUUACUGUCUUGGUACGAGACCCAAGAAUACAGAAGGAAGACUCCUGGCAUUCAUAUAUAAACUAUGAGAUAUUCAUUCAUACAAAUAGCAUGUGUUUUACAAGGAAAACAUCAUGUGUUAGACGACGCUUUCGAGAAUUUGUAUGGCUGCGGCAGAGGCUUCAGAGUAAUGCUGUGUUAAUACAAUUACCUGAACUUCCAUCUAAAACACCCUUUUUUAAUAUGAAUAACCCUCAGCAUGUAGAUCAUCGUCGGCAGGGCCUUCAAGAAUUUCUUGAGAAGAUCCUACAAAACGCAUUAUUGCUUUCAGACAGUAGGCUUCACCUCUUCUUACAGACUCAGCUAAGCCCAGAAGAUAUCGAGGCUUGUGUAUCUGGACAGACAAAAUAUUCUGUGGCUGAUGCGAUUCUUAAGUUUGCCUCUCUGCAUCGACGUUUUCCUAUUGAAGAUGGAGAGAGGAAAAAAGGAAAAAUUGAUGCAGAUUCUGAUUCAGAGAGUUCAUCCUUGGGGCUUGGACACAGUAGUGAUGACAGCAUUUCACAUGGAUGCAAAGCAAGCCCAGCUUCUGAAGAAUCCUGAAAAAUCAUUUGUAUAUUGCCAUCCUAGUACAGACAGAAUGACUCAUGUUACAUUUGCUAGUUACAUCCACAUGUAUUUAUGUAAACACAGUUUUGCAAUAACAUGUACCUAAAAAGAUAACUGUUCUUCCUCUGGUUUUUUAACAUACUGUGAUAAUGUUCGUUGGUUGUUUUUUUUAUCAGAGUUGCAUGUUACUUAUCAUAUUUAAGUUUAUACAGCCAUUAGAAUCUCAACCAAUAUUAGGAUAGUGAUGCUCUGUGGCAAAAUAUGGCUGAUACAAUAUGUCCCUUGAUUAUAUGUUUUAGAUCUUAAAAAUAAUUAUAUUUUAUUCACUUAGUUUAAAACUAUGUCAAAUUAAAUAUACUCAAAGCACCUUUUGCAGUUUAUAUCAGAGAUGUUUCACUUCAAACAGUCAUUUGACAUUGAUGAAAUUAUAUAUGCCACAUGGCAUUAACUUUUUAAGGUAGCAUGGUAGCAUAAGCGAACAAUAACUGUACAAGGGAUAUGCUGUUGACAAUUUGAGAUGGAUAGUGUCUUCCUCUAGUCUUGCUCCAGUGCAUGGAAAACUUGCUUUUAUCAUGCACAAGAACUAGAGGCCAAAAGUUUCAAGCACAGUCACUUAAGUCAGGCAUGUAAAUAACAGUGACAUGAUUUUCAGGGGUGUUGACACCCUCAGUUCACAUGAAAGAUGGUGGGAGUUAUGAAGGUUUACUCCCAGUAAAAGUCAUGGGUGAAAUUUUGUUAUCAUUGAAGUCAAUGGCAGAAUUUCCCAUUGGCUUCUCUGGGGUCAGGGUUUUGCCCUAGGUGGUCAGCUUUUAGGCAGCUGUUUCAAACUAUUAGUGAAGGUUCUCUAUUUAAUGUUUUAAAGGAAGUGCAAUCAUCUCUCCAGUAAGUUGAUAAUCACAUAAUUAUAGCAGUACAAAUGCAGACCUCUAUGAUGUCUUUAGGUACAAACUGGAAUAUCUGGAACCACUGAUUUCACCUUUACUAUAGUAAAUGCACUGGAACAUUGAUUUUUUUUUCACAAAUGAAAGGCAGGGCUGAACACUUGUUAACCACAAACAUUUUGUUUUAACUAAGUAUCUGCUGUGCUCUAUAUGUUCACAGUAACAGAGAGGUGUCACCCUGAGUCUGUCAGUAGAACUUGUUUCAGUGUUUUGUUGUAUUUAUAUUUGAUGUUUUUUAACUACUACUGAAAAUAAGCCACUGGUUUUGAUUCUGUUCCCAAUGAAAUAAUGGCAAAACUCUCAUUGACUAAAGGGCUUCAGGUUCAGGCCUAAUAUAGAUUUUUGCCUCUGAAGGAUACUUUGGCUAGUAUCAGGGAAGAGAUGUUUUUACCCUGUGCAUUAAAGAAAAAAAAUAAAUGUUAUUAAAUGGUCAACUAAUAAAAGUUAGUGUAGACAUGUGUGGGCCUGUUCUUAAAGUAUCCAGCUGGGAAUCUGUGAAAUUUCAGAAUGUGUGUUUUCAUAGCCUAAGGAUAACAUCACUUAGGUAACUACUUUGAACCACUGUUUUCUGUUGAUGGUAGUAGCACUUUUAAAAGAUAUCUAAGUUUAUUUUAGACCAUUUUUAUUGAAUUGCACAAAUGUAUCUAGUCACAAUCUCUGCUUGGGUGCAGAAGAGCAUUUUCAUGCGGUGAUAACAUUUAAUUAAAGCAACAAGUUAUCACUACAAACUUAACUAGAAGAAAGCUGUUAUUGCUAAUUGGUGACUUUCAUUUGAUUUAACUUUUUCUUGUUUCUUUUACCUCAUUGAUAGACUUGGUAUUUAGCAAAUUUGAGGUAUUUAGCAAAUAGUGAAAAAUAAUGUGAUAUGCAAAAACUGGAAUAAUGUCCUUGGAAAGGGAAUUAGAUCUUUUUAUUUUCUUUACUACACUUCUCGCUUGUGUAUGUGUUUUGGGGGGCUGUUUUGUUUUUUAACAUUUAGGUAGAUCAUUUAAUGCACUUUACAUUGUGUACUCUGCUAACUUGUAAUCUAAAUAUGUAUCUAAAAUUACAACAGAUUUAAGAGGUGGAGGAAUCCUGUAUCUAUUUUUAAUUCAGGGAGCUUCUCUUUUGUGUAUUAAAGUUUUCAAGGCAGCCUGUGUAUCAGUAAUCCUUGGAUUUGUAAUAACUGUAUGUUAUUAGCUUUUAUCUCACUCAAUACAUUUCUAUACUAUAAAAUCCGUUCCCUUAUUUUCUUCCUGUUCUUUGUGGAAGUUAAUGAAGAAUGUUGUUCUUUUCAAAGUUGUUGGUAUACCAUAUAUUAUUGAAAUUUUUCAUGUUAAAUGUUAAUGAAGAAUAUUUUCUGUUCCAGUGUUUGCUUAGUAUGUUCCAAAAUAUUGUAAGAAAGUGUUUUAGGAAAUUGUCCUAAUUUUGUGAAAUUUAAUAUAAAAUUUGUAAUUUUCUUUUGUUUAUGACUGAGUUAGUAAUUUUAGUACUAUAUUAAAUAUUGUUUUAAUUUCAAG